CUUUGUGAGCUCACACCCGGUUUGCUAUGCUAGGAAAGUUGCAGACCAAGCAGAGUGAAUGAGGAAGUGCAAGAGGGGAGAAAAAAACAAAAAUAUUUGCAGAUUAAAUAAAAUCAAAUGGAUUCCCAAGAGCUGAACUAUGCCUUCCCUCAAAACCAACUGCAGGAGAUGAACAUGGCCUUUGAAAAUGGUGAUUUUUUACAAGCGGCUGAAAAGGUCAAGAAAUCCCUCGUAGGAAUCAACGACAUCCCAUUAAAUAUUGCGGUUACUGGAGAAUCUGGCUCCGGUAAGUCCACCUUUAUCAACGUCAUCCGUGGUCUGGGGGACGAGGAUGAAGGUUCUGCAAAGACCGGAGUGGUUGAGACAACAGUGGUGGCCACACCUUACUCACACCCCCGGCAUAGAAAUGUGAAUUACUACGACCUUCCAGGCUUUGGGACAACCCGUUUUAAUCCAAAUAAAUAUCUGGAAUUAGUUGAGCUGACUCAGUUCGACUUCUUUCUCAUCAUCGCAUCAGAGCGCUUUAGGGAUUGUCACAUUCAAUUGGCCCAGGCCAUCAGCAGCAUGGGCAAGAAGUUUUACUUUGUCAGAAGUAAAAUUGAUGCUGAUUUGAGCGCCUUCAAAAGACACAGAAGGAGCAGCUACAACGAGGAACAAAUGCUCAUGGAAAUUCGGAACAACUGCAUUAUGGGACUCCAUGCUGGAGGAAUCAUGUGUCCACGAGUCUUCCUUCUCUCGUGCUUGGAGCUGGAAAAAUAUGACUUCUACCUCAUGCAGGAAACGUUGGAGAAUGAGCUUCCAAUUCACAAGAGGCAUGUGUUCCUUCUAUCCUUACCCAACAUCUACUCCCAAGCCCUGAAGAGUAAAAGAGAUUAUUUUAGAACGCAGAUAUGGAAACGUGCUCUUGUCUCGGCAGGAAAAGCCUCAAUCCCGAUACCGGGAUUUUCGCCUGAUAGCGAUAUUGACCUCUUGGUAAACACUAUGAAGGAAUACAAGGAAGCUUUUGGACUGGAUCAAAGAUCUCUUAACUGUCUGGCCAAGACGUUUGAUAAGGAUAUCAAUGAUUUGCAGACUGUGAUCCGACACAAGCUGGUCUUGAAGGAAAUUACAUAUGACCUGGUUGUCAACUUGUUGAACAGACGAGAACUGACUGCGGCGGCACUCAUGGUAACGGAAUAUGCAGCUGGGACAGUACCUCUGUUAGGAAGCGUGGCUGCUGGAGCCGUGGCCUUUGGUACAGCAUAUUGGUUGCUCUAUAGCUUCCUGAACGACAUUGCUGAUGAUGCCGGGAGAGUCCUUUCAAGGGCAUUAGAGAAUACUGGUUAACAUGGACCUGACGCUGCUAAAAUAUUUUGCUACUCAAUCAGCUUAUGAAAUGAUCUAAUAUAUAAUUUUUUUUGCAAAAAAAAAUAUAUUUUUAUAAUUACCGAAGGACUGAAUCUUAACUGGGGGUGUAGCCCAGCCCUCAAAAUUUACACUCGCCUGCUCGCAUUUUGCGAGUAAAUUUUGAGGGCUGGCGAGUGUGGGCUGCCUGGGAGCAGGGGGGGCGAGCAAAGAUAUGAGGAGAGUCGCCGCUGCAGCUGCUGUCGCCGCCACCUGGUUAUUCAGAAUGCAGGGAACAU